CCGCACAGGGGUAUUGCGGAGACCUCGUUCUUCCGUGAGACCAGUCUCCUCCUCCUCCACCCCGGGGACGCGGGGACCGGCAGCGCUGCGGGCAGCCCCGCGGCGGGGGCCCUGGCGGGCUGCCGUGACUGUGCGCGGGGAGGUGGGGCGCGUUCCGGUGCCGGGUCACGGCUCGGGGCCGGGAGGGGGGCGCCUCGCCGCAGCCGCCAUCGCCGCCGCGAUGCCCAAAGGAGGUAGAAAAGGAGGCCACAAAGGCCGAGCAAGACAGUACACAAGCCCUGAAGAGAUCGAUGCCCAGCUCCAAGCAGAAAAGCAGAAGGCAAGGGAAGAGGAAGAGCAAGAAGAGGGAAGCGAAGGAGCAACAGGAGACCCCAAAAAGGAGAAGAAGUCUUUAGAUUCAGAUGAGAGUGAUGAAGAUGAUGAGGAUUAUCAGCAAAAGCGCAAAGGAGUGGAAGGGUUGAUAGACAUAGAGAAUCCCAAUCGUGUAAUUCAGACAACCAAAAAAGUAACUCAGCUGGACCUGGAUGGACCUAAGGAACUCUCACGACGAGAGCGGGAGGAAAUAGAGAAACAAAAGGCAAAAGAAAGAUACAUGAAAAUGCACCUAGCUGGUAAAACAGAACAAGCAAAGGCAGAUCUCGCCCGACUAGCCAUCAUUCGGAAGCAAAGGGAAGAAGCUGCCAGAAAGAAAGAAGAAGAAAGAAAAGCAAAAGACGAAGCGGCCAUGGCAGGUAAAAGACUGCAGUCACUAUCCCUUAACAAGUAAGCACAGGACAUGCAAGAGGAGGAAACACCAGGGAACUGUGCCUGGUGCCUGGCAGGACCUCUGUCGUGUUGCAUAUACCACGUAGGGUCUACUGCGGCAUCGAAGUCACCUUCACCUCCAAGAGACACUGACGAUGUGUUUGUCCUCAUCCUGGCACAGAUUUCCAUUUGGGGUUAGGGGCAGCUGCUAUCUUCGGUGCAGAGCUGUGCUGAGCAGCAAUUCUCUGUAACAGUUUGGAAACCUGAAUGUUUUUUGCUGGUUUUAGGGUUAAAAACUCAUUGGGGUGGGGGUCAGGGUGGGAGGGAGAUGCUUCAACUAUUAGAUUGCAAGAGAAUAGAUUGUGGGGUCAUUGUAGGGGGGGACAUGGGGUGGGGAACUUUGACUUGCUAGUGAAAGCCCAAAGGAUAAUGUAUCUGAGGAAUCUUUUGGGGGGCAAAUGGCCCAUCCAAUUUUGCUGCAGGGUGUUGCAGUAUGAGCUGGGAACCUGACUUCAUGGACAUCUGGAGUGCCGUUCCUUCCCGGUUUCAUCCCUCUUUUCUUGCAGCCAGUCUCCCCUUUUCCCUCCUCUUCAUUUUUACUUUUAUUUCCUUCUCCUCCUUAGGGAUAGUGCCAGUUUUUAACCAUGUCAUCCUUUGUUUAAAGGAAAAAAAACCCAACAUAAAUUGUAUCAGAUGGAACAAAACACUUGAUAAAGUUGAAAACCCGACACCAACCAAACUUGUAUAUUUGGCUGAUUAAAAUGUAAGUUAUCAGAAGGG